AAACUCUAAUGACGUCUGGAAACUAUAUCGUUAUUUUCAUUAAUUUUUGUUGACCUGCGACGACCGAUGGAUGUGUCGAAGAAACGUCGCUUAAAAUAGCUGUUUUUGUACGGCAGAAAGCGUUUUUGAGACGAAAGGUUCCUCUAUUAGGGUUUAGGAAUUGAGCCACAAUGAGUGAGCUACGGCAUCGGGAACCCCUGGGUGGAGAAAAAGCGGCAAACGAGGGGGAAAAUAAGACGGCAGUUGUAGCCGAAGAGAAAAAAGACCCGCAAUCAUCGGCUGCUGAGGAGGAGAAGAAGCCUGUGGCAGAAUCAGGAGAGAAACCCGCCUCUGGAUGCACUCCACCUGAAGAGAUUGGUCACCCACAGAUUGCAGAUCCUCCCAUCGCUCCGCAGAAAGAUACAGUACCGACUAUUCUUAAGGGAUUAUCCCCACGAUGGCAGAAUUGGUUUAUCCGUGGCGGUUUCUCCAUCAUUAUGGUCAUGGCGUUUUCGUUAAUCAUAUAUGUGGGCCCGGUCGCACUGACUUGUUUGGUGCUCUUAAUAGAGAUGAUGUGCUUUCAUGAGAUCAUCACCAUCGGGCAUGCCGUCUAUCGCUCGCAGGAUCUUCCCUGGUUCCGCACCCUCAGCUGGUACUUUCUCCUCUCGGCCAAUUACUUUGUGUAUGGCCAGAGCAUGAAGGACUACUUCGGGAUUGUUCUCCAUAGGGAUCUGGAGUUUUUGCAGCCAUUCAUUGACUACUAUCGCUUCAUUGCCUUCUGGCUGUACAUGUUUGGUUUCAUGCUGUUUGUACUGUCCCUUAGGAAGUCACAAUACCUUGUGCAAUUCACGCUGUUUGGCUGGACGCACAUAGCUCUGCUGAUUGUGGUCACACAGUCUAACCUGAUCGUGCAGAGCAUGUUUGAGGGUUUGAUUUGGUUCUUGCUCUCCACGACUGCGGUCAUCUGUAACGACAUCAUGGCGUACAUGUUUGGAUUCUUCUUUGGCCGGACGUCUCUGAUCAAACUUUCUCCCAAGAAAACCUGGGAAGGGUUCAUCGGAGCUUGCUUCUCCACUGUCAUCUUCAUUGUAUUUCUUGCCAGUCUCUUGAAGAGAUAUGAAUUCUUCAUUUGUCCACCUGAGUUUAACGAGGAACGAGGUGUGUUUGUGAUGGAAUGUGAACCUUCUAGUACGUACCAACCAAGAGAGUUCAACGUACCCAUGGUUGUUCAGGCAGCUCUAGGCCAGAUUGGCAUCCACUGGGAGACGUUUACCACCCUGCCGGCUUACUUACAUGCUGCUAUGAUUGGCCUCUUUGCGUCACUGGUCAGUCCUUUCGGAGGAUUCUUUGCAAGCGGAUUCAAGAGAGCCUUCAAGAUCAAGGACUUUGGUGAUGUGAUCCCAGGGCAUGGAGGAAUCAUGGACCGUUUUGACUGUCAAUUUCUCAUGGCAUCCUUCUUGUAUGUGUACCUACACACCUUCCUCAAAUCUUCCCAUUACCAGAAACUGGUGCAGCAAAUUUUCCAACUGGAGGCGGAGGACCAAUUGUUAGUGUAUAAACAGCUCACAGAUCAUCUCAAUAAGACUGGCCUGCUACCCGACAUGUGAGUGCCAAAACCCACACAUCAAUGCAGAGAUCAAGGUAUUGAGUCAGCAAGAAGUACAGGUACCAGAUCUUGUUCAUUCGCAGUACGUUAACAUACAGGGUGAGGAAUGCCAUGUACUUACUAUCACCCUUAAACACUUGCUUGUGCUAAAUAAUGUAAUACCUGAUACUUUGUCCACCAGUCUGUAGGUAGGCGAAGUAGUCUUAAAAGAUACAAUGUUAAAAAUCUAUCUUAGAUGUCACCAACCUGUUCCUAGAUUUUCCCUGAUAAGAGUAAAGCGUUUGUGAAAGCUAUGUUAGAGAUACACGACGUAGACUAACUUGUUGGUUUAAACGUAGACUCACUCACCUUGCUUGAUAUACAUAACUGCUGUUGUACUGCCCUCUGUUGCCAUUCUGCACAACAUUUGGGUCAACGCAUAGAGGGCCUCAUUCAUUGGUUUACAGGUAGGGGGGCUCCAAUCGAAUGAAAUGAAUUGAAAGUCUUGUAAUCAUGACUAAUAUAUGUAUAUAGUGGUGCUGAGUUAGGAAGGGAAGAUAUUUAUAACCCAGAAGUUCCAAGCGCAAGCAUGUGUAGUGCGAAAACAGAAAUGUUCAUUCGAGUUUGUUGCAGUGUUUCAACACAAAUGUUUAAA